UCUGUUAUGUUCUGACUUGCCUUCCAAUAGGCACGAUGCUAUUUACGUGCCCAUUGCGGUGCCCACUUUCAAAUCAGCCAACGUCCCACUCGACUGACGUUAUCACUCGUUUACAGGUCAUCAGUUCCGCUAUUGUCCAAUUGUACUUUGCUCAUCGGCUCUAUAAAUUCAGCGGAUCCCCCGGAUUGGCUGUUGUUGUGGUUAUCUUAACGAUCGGACAAUUCGGAGUGGGAACCGCCCUUUCGGUUCAAGUGAACUUAGUUCACAACCUUCAGAACAUCUUCUAUCGAGAGCGACCACUUAUGGUCUCCUGGCUCAUCCUGGAGGCUCUGGACGACCUGGUUAUUGCUUUUUCGGUGUCAUAUUUCUUCCGACGGCGACGCACUGGGAUCCCUUCGACUGAUUCAGCACUUCGACUGCUCACGACAUAUGCCAUCAACUCGGGUGUGCUAACUAGCGCGAUCGCAAUAGUGAUCAUGUUUGAUUUCGCACUCUACGGCCUCCAUUUCGUACAUUUUGCUCUUUGCCCCUCUCUUGGUGGUAUUUAUACCGGUAGCCUUUUGGCAAACCUACAUUCCCGCAAGAGAGCACGGGAACGACUUCUUCCUGAUGGAGACAACAUCCCUGGAAUACGUUUAUCACUUCCCCCAGACACUGCAUGAAAUAUGACCACCCGCUUUGUCGAGAGUAGAAAACGCAAAUUUGAGCCAACCUAUUGACGCGAUGUUAUGCAUCCACUGUGGGCAGGGUGCACCAACGCUCCUUUGGUUUUUCUCUCCAAAUAUUUAUUCGUGUUCCUCGCACCACGCCCGUUAAUUAACGUUCGGCAAGACUUGUUUGUAUAUCUAACUUACUGUCACAUAUAUAUAUACGCCAAUUGAACGAAUGUCGCCUACCUUGGAUCGUCUCGCGGCCCCGAUUGAUGAAUCAUACACACAAACCAAACGGGACAGUGACACCAUUCCGAAGAUAGCCACACAUGACGGAUGUGGACAACGCCAAGCAAGCGAAGUAAUCAUAAAGAUGUGAGUGAGGAUUACUGAUUAUAUGAGCAACAUGAUAGAGAUAAGCUAAUACAACCAACUAUUCCCGG